GUUCUCGAAGAGUUAGGCAAAGGCGGCUAUGGGGUAGUGCAUAAGAUGAGACAUCGACAAUCGGGCAUUAUUAUGGCAGUUAAGCGAAUCUCAUCCUCCAUCAACGACGAAUCUCAGAAGCGAAUGUUGACCGAACUGGACGCAUGCAAGAGGAGUGAUUGCUGUCCUCAGAUGGUGCGGUUUUACGGUGCUAUGUUUCGAGAAGGUGAUGUAUGGAUCUGUAUGGAAGUUAUGGAUACAUCUUUAGAUAAGUUCUAUAAGAAGGUUUUUGCCCUUGGCCGGAAAUUGCCGGAACCAUUCAUCGCCAAAGUCACAUUGUCUGUAGUGGAAGGCUUGAAUUUUAUGAAAGAAGAGAUGAACCUUAUCCAUCGGGAUGUUAAGCCGUCAAACAUCUUGUUGAAUCGGCAUGGUCAAGUGAAAAUCUGUGAUUUUGGCAUUUCCGGACACCUCACAAACAGUCUUGCCAAGACAGUAGCUGCGGGUUGCAAGUUUUAUAUGCCACCAGAACGGAUUGAAGGUGACAUGAAAGACUCGUACGACGUUAGGGCAGACGUGUGGAGUCUUGGCAUAACAUUGGUCGAAAUAGCUACUGGUAACUAUCCGUAUCACACUUGGGUAAAUGUUUUCCAGCAACUUAGUCAGGUUGUCAAUGAACCAGCUCCGCGGUUGCCGUCCGACGGCUCAUUCUCCGCCGAUUGCCAGUAUUUCGUUAAACGCUGCUUGGAGAAGGAUCCUCAUGAACGACCAAAAUAUCCCGAGCUUAUGGCCAUGCCUUUUCUCAAUAGUGCUAGGGACGAGAAACAGUUUAGCAUGGCAAAGUUCAUCGUCGAGAUCUUGGAGGCUCCGCAACCUCCGCAGUCGUCGAUGAGCAAACGCGUAUGA